ACGUGUGGGUGUGUGUGUGCAAGGAAAGCAUUUCGGGGGUGGGGGGUGGGGGGACAAGGUGUAGACAACAGAAGAGAGUUUUUGGGGUGAAGCAGUGUGAGUGGAGAUCCAGACGGGGACAGUCGAAGCGCCGGGUGCUGCUGGACUCGUGCUGCCCUUUGAUUACAGGUGCUGGUGAGACCAGUGGGUGACAUCCCCCUCAGAGGGAACCCUUAAGGAACACCAUGGCCCUGGCGGAAUGCCCUGACUACUUUUUACGGCACUCAAACUACCAGGAAAGCGUGGACCGCACUUCUUCACGCAGGCCUGAAGAGCUGAUAGUUCCAGGCUUUCAGAGCUCAGCCAAUCAAAAUUUGCCUCAUCAACAUGACGAUGACGUGGACCUGGAGCAGCUGGUGAACGACAUGAACUCCUCCAUGGAGAGCGUGUACUUGACGCAGGCAGAUACUGCUCUGCUCCUCAAUAACGGACACAUGCACACCCAGCAUCACCACCACCAGCACGUGCACCCUGUCUACCCAGGACAUGGGCAGGCCCAGCGCCGUCAUACCCCACCCUUACCGCCUUCCUCCCCCUCCAAAGAGAGACCUCGGCACUCCCAGCCAAUGCACAUUCAAGCUGUCAGGUGCUUGCAGGAAGAGCAGCAUCUGCGUCCAGCAUCCCUGCCGGCCAUUCCCAACCCUUUUCCUGAGCUCUGCAGCCCAGCUGGCUCUCCCAUUCUCAGCCCCAUACAGACAUCCGACAACUACAUAGUGAAGGUGUGGAGCGAGGAUGGAGCCGGCAAAGUGGUGGAGAUCCCAGCGGACAUGACAGCAAAAGACGUAUGCCAGCUCCUGGUCUACAAGAGUCACUGCCUGGACGAUAACGCCUGGACGCUGGUGGAGCACCACCCUGUCCUUGGCCUUGAGAGAUGUCUGGAGGAUCACGAGCUGGUUGUUCAGGUUCAAGCCUCCAUGAGCAGCGACAGUAAAUUCCUCUUCAGGAAGAACUACGCCAAAUAUGAAUUCUUCAGGAACCCCCUGAACUUCUUUCCUGAGCAGAUGGUGGCUUGGUGUCAGGAGUCUGAUGGCUCAAUCCCUCAGUCACAGCUCUUACAGAACUUUCUGAACUCCAGCAGCUGUCCAGAGAUUCAGGGCUAUCUCUACUUGAAGGAGCCGGGACGCAAGUCUUGGAAGAAACUUUACAUGUUCCUGCGUCGCUCUGGACUCUACUACUCCACUAAAGGAACAUCCAAGGAGCCUCGACACCUGCAGCUGCUGUCGGAUCUGGAAGACAGUAACAUCUUCACCAUCAUCACAGGAAGAAAACUCCACAAUGCUCCGAUGGACUUUCAGUUCUGCAUCAAGCCCAGUAAAGUGACGAGCGACUGUAAGGAGCUAAAGAUGCUGUGUGCUGAGGACGAACAGAGCAGGACCUGCUGGAUGACGGCCUUCAGACUGCUCAAAUAUGGGAUCGUACUGUAUCAGAGCUACAACGUUCCCCAGCAGAGAAAGUCUAAUCUCCCGCCUUUCACAGCACCUGUGAGGAGCGUAUCUGAAAACUCCCUGGUCGCCAUGGACUUUUCCGGAAGGACUGGCCGCGUCAUCGACAACCCUGUGGAGGCCCAGAGUGCUGCCGUUGAGGAGGGGCAGACAUGGAGGAAACGGAGCCAGCGUAUGAAUGUCCUGGGCAGUCCCAGCCCGCUGCACCCAUCAUCUCUGAGCACAGUGAUCCACAGGACGCAGGUUUGGUUUCAUGGUCGUAUCAUGAGAGAGGAAGCCCACAAAAUGAUCAUACAACAAGGUCAAGUGGAUGGGUUAUUCUUGUUGCGGGACAGUCAGAGUAAUCCAAAGGCAUUCGUGCUCACCUUGUGCCACCACCAGAAGAUCAAACACUUCCAGAUCCUACCAUGUGAGGAAGACGGCCAGGUGUUCUUCAGCCUUGAUGAUGGCGCCACAAAGUUCACAGACCUGAUCCACCUGGUGGAGUUUUACCAGCUGAACAGAGGAGUGCUGCCCUGCAAGCUCAAACAUCCUUGCACCGCUGUGGCCUUGUGAUACUCCACAACCCUGACACCUUCACCCCUUUUUGCACACCUCUCACCCCAGAGAUCCUAACCCCCUUCUGCCCCUCUCUUGCCACCACAAGGAAGACGAGGAGAUAGAGAAAGACAAGUCAGGUUUGGGGUUUUUGAACUACUCGGCAAGAACCAGCACCGGGUGUUUGUUUUUAGUGCACCCGUGCUUUUCUCAGCCUUAGCGUGGUUGAGAUGUUUGAAUGGGACGUUUUUGGACCGCUGAAGCAUUGCAGAUUGUGGACCCAGCCGUCGCCCAAACUCCUUUGUUGCCAUGGAGACGAAGGAGUUUGUCAUUGCCAUUUUGACCCUAAAAACAGACCAAUAGUUGUGAAAACACAAGACAUUUGAAAUUCGUUCAGCAGGUGUGCUGUGGGUCUCCCUUCCUCAGAGUCCCUAACCCCCCCUCCUCCAGGCAUGAUAAGCUGUGGUGCUGGCCCCACCCUUGCCACUCUGUGGCCACGAUGGGCACAGAGCGCCACCCUCUGACUUCCUCAUUGAUCAUCAGGGAUGGACGAGAACUUCACUGGGUCUUAUCAAACCUGAUCCAGGGGUAUUCUCAACCUGUGCAGUCCAGUCUGGAUAAGCUGACACCCUGCCCCCCCGCUCUCCCCUCUAAGGACUUGAUGCUGCCACUCUGCUGUGUCCUGUCCCACAAUCCAAGCUGGUGCAACCCUGACCCCGCUUCUCCUCCUCCUCCACAGAGGCUCCGAGAAAGUUGGGAGAGAAAGAGAUGUAGCUGAAAGAAAGCUAGCAGAGCAGCGGAGAGGGUUUGCUAAAAGGACAGAGGAAUGUUAACCAGGAGCGCCGUAACACGCCUCUCCUGUAGAGUUGAUUACUUGAUGUCAUUUUAAUGCUGUUUUAUUACUGUUGAUUCAAUGCAGAACUAGUUUUGCACUCCCAAGCGGACAGACGACAGCUGUUCUCUCUAGCUAAAUGAAGCUGCCUUCUCUCCGUUCAUCUUUAUCCAACGCCCCCACCGACCCCUCCCCUUCUGAAAAGCAUGCAUGUGAAUUUCCUUCAGUUCUGAUUGGAUGAUAGUGGCAUGGGAGCAAAGAGAGCCACGGCUGAUUAUGCAGUGCCUUUCAGACAGGUUUGGGAACAUCUUGGAUCCCUGUGUGGCUUGAACCAACAAGACCAUGUUUUGGUAAAACGAAUGUGCUCAUGAACCGCCUGCAGUGUGUUAAGACUAUGAGGAGGAGGAGGCCGACUGUUAUAGACUCCUCAAAGUUCAUCCACCCCAUGACUUCUACUAUUACAGUUUUUUUUUGUUUUUUUUUAAUUGAAAGGGUGAAAUUGGUCGGUAAAUUCGUCUUUGAAUGUUAUUUUCUUUCCCUAAGUCUGUCCUGGGCCUGCUGCUCACAGUUUAUUGAUCUUUAUGUGAUGUAAAUGGGUUGGAGCAGUCGUUUUUCCAAUUCCCCAAACACCAGAAAAGACAAA